CAUGGCCAACCUCACCACCAUACUUGGCACGGACAGGUUCCCACCGAUCUUUGAUGCCCUCACUGCACACCUUCCCAUCAAGGACGUAAUCGCACUCACCCGCACCUGCCGCGCCCUCAAGCCUCUGUACCAGGAACUGGUCAGCGGUGGCGCUUGGGAUAUCAACAACCGUCUCAAGAAGUUUGUCAAGGACCCUCGUGGCUUCAGAAAGAGAUUGGCGGAGCUCGAUGGCAUCAUCUCCGGAGGCUUUGCCUUGCAGUUCAUGGAUCGUGUGGAGUGGGAUGGCUCGGAUCUGGAUGUCUGCGUGCAGGUUGGCGAAAACGCAGACGCGUUCUGCCGCUACAUGGAGGAGGUCGAAGGAUAUGAUCUUGCUUCUCGUAAGGUCGGAAAGUACGUUUGGACUCUUGUCGACAUGGUUCAUCAGUACGACAAGAUAGUCGACGGCGAGUUCAUCAGACUGGAAAUCAUCCUGACCCACAACCACCCUAUUCACUCUACGCUUUCAACCUACACGACCGCGUUGGUUAAUGUCAUUACGGGCAACCACGCAUACAGCGUCUUCCCUAAUGCUACUUUCAUCAAGCGUCAGACCUACCCUACUCGCAUUCCAGACUACUUCAACGGUGUCAUCCUCACUCAGAAGUACAAAGACAGAGGCUGGGAUUUCAUCCAGCGAAUCCUCAAGAAGAAGAGAGUGACGGAGGAGCUGGACUUGGGAUGUCGUCGCAUUGGUGACAAGCAUACUUGGAGGAUAGCAUUGUCGCCAAUCUCGGACGAGGCAGUAGACAAUGCAGAAGGAGCUGUCGAAGGACUCGAGUUUGAGAUGGAGAAGUGCCAGGAUUCUUAUGAUGGGGUCGAGCUUGAAUGGUUGGGCGUGGCAGCUAAGCAG